AUGCAUGAGCUACGCCACAGAGUCCAUAAUCUGGAACGACAACUAGCCGAUCAGGAGCACGAUCGACGGACCACAAAUCCUACUUACUCCCCGUCCCCAGAGAGCCGGGAGAGAGAUUCCCACCGGAGUCACCCCUGGCACGCCUCCGCUUCCAGAACGGAAGCGGAAAGCACUCGAGAAGACUCUCCCAUCCCGAGAAGACGAAAUGACACAAUCAUCUACUCCCGAGGCAAGCAAACGCGCCACACGGGACGAGAUCGCGAAGGCGGAGAAGGAAGGCCUGUGAGGACGCGGCAACCCGUGAUAAUGGGCGCCACCCCGUUCCAUCGGUCCAUCCUUGAGGUCCGGUUGCCGAAGCACUUCGACAAACCAACGGACAUGAGGUACGAUGGAACCCAAGACCCUCUGGAACACCUCACGGCUUUCGAGGCUAGAAUGAAUCUGGAGGGAGUAGGGGACGAGGUGAGGUGUCGGGCCUUCCCGGUCACCCUAGCCGGACCUGCGAUCCGAUGGUUUAACGGCCUCCCGCAGGGAUCCAUCUAUGGAUUUUCGGACAUCAGCCGUGCCUUCUUGGCUCAGUUCACAACACGAAUAGCAAAGGCAAAACACCCGAUUAACCUGCUCGGGAUAACCCAAAGACCCAGGGAGCUGACCAGAAAAUACCUGGAUCGCUUUAACGAUGAAUGCUUGGAAAUUGACGGCCUAACCGACUCGGUGGCCAGCCUUUGUCUGACGAACGGCCUCCUGAACGAGGACUUCCGAAAACACCUUACCACGAAACCGGUUUGGACGAUGCACGAGAUCCAAACGGUGGCUAAGGAAUACAUAAAUGACAAAGAAGUCAGCCAGGUCGUGGCCGCCAAUAAACGGCACUCCGGCUACAAUCAACCUAGGCAACAGGGUAAUGGAGAGAGACACAAAGAACAGGUUAAAGAGGGAGGACCGACCAAGGCACACAGACCGUUUCCCCGGAUCGGGAAGUUCACCAACUACACUCCACUCACUCUCCCCAUCGUGGAGGUUUACCAGCAAAUAGCCGAGAAAGGGACCUUGUCGAAGCCCCGACCACUCAAGGACUGUACGGGGGGAAACAAGAGCCUCUACUGUGACUACCACAAGGGCUAUGGACACCAAACACAGGACUGCUUUGACCUGAGGGAUGCAUUAGAGCAAGCAAUAAGAGAUGGCAAACUCUCAGAAUUCUCCCAUCUCAUACAGGAGCUGAGGAGACGGCAACGCGACCAAGACAGCGAGGAGGCCAAGACCCGAACGGCAAAGCGGCGACAAGAGCCAGAAGACAAAGACCACAGUCUCACUGUGAUAAACGUAGUAACCGCCAAAAACACCGCGCCGAGGUCUAGGUCAGCUCACAAGAAAGACGCCAAAAUCCUAGCGGUCUCCUCCGCCCCAAUGCGAAGCUCCAAGAAGCCCCCAUCCAUCUCCUUUGGUCCAGAAGACCAAUGGUUCGACGAGGCACCCGAAAACCCACCUAUGGUCAUUACGGCCAGGGUGGGAACCGGCCUCGUCAAACGAAUCCUUGUCGACACGGGGGCAGACUCAAACAUCAUGUUCCGCAAUGUGUUCGACGCUCUAGGAUUAAGGGACACCAACCUAUCAUCGCACCAACACGGGGUCAUCGGAUUAGGAGACCACUUCAUCAAGCCAGACGGAGUAAUAUCCCUACCGAUCUCUGUGGGAUAG